GCACAGAACCGCACAACAGGAUGCAAUUUUCGUCGCAUUCAUGGAGCGGCAUCCCAUCAUCUCGAAAAACUACCUAAAGGGCGACAAGCAGGCGGCGGAAGCGGCCUGGAGGAGAUUGUCCAAGGAGCUGAACAGUGUGGGUCCACCUGUCAAGGAGGCCUGCGAAUGGAAAAGGGUUUGGAAGGAUUGGAAGAGCUGCAUUCGCAAGAAGAUUACCAACAACCGGCUGGAGGACUCAAAGGCCAGUGGCAAGGGAUCCCUGUAUCAGGACACCCUCACUCCCCUGGAGGAUGCAGUGGCCGUGAUUUGUGACCUGUACGACAUGGCAGACACCAUUGUGGAAGCACGACCAUCCAAAACGCAGUCCGAAACAUCGCAAGGCGUCUCCCUGCGAAGCAUUAAAACUGAUCACGACGACGCCACGGUGACAGAUAAUGAAGACUAUGAGGAUGAGGAGGAGGAAGAUUGCAGCAAUCCCAUCCAAACUAGAAGUUCGGCUGUUAAGUUAGAGCAGCGCUUUAGCAACUACACUGCAAAAACUACUACGCCCAAGAAAAGAAAGCUUGAAGAAGAAAGUCCUUUCGAAACCGAGCAGGAGAGCUCUGUUCCGGUCCUCAUGGACAUAGCAAAGGAACUGCGUGACUUGAAUAGGCAAACCCGCUUGAAUGCCCAACGAUCUGAAGCCAAUACAGAGGCAUUAUUAGCUUUGGGUUCCCAGAUAUCUGAUUUAAUGCAGCAGCAGCUUAAAGAGCGGAAGCGCCUCAACGCGAUAAUGGAAAAAUUUGUUCUAAAAAUGGAAUCCACAGAAUAG